AUGGAGAAGUUGAGAGACAGCAGAGACGCAGGAGUAGCAGCAGCAACAAUCCCGGGAGUGGAGCAGCAGCAGCGGUACCUGACGGCGCUGGGUUGGGCGGAGCUGCAGCAAGCAGCAGCAGCAGCAGCAGCAAAAAGAGCAGCAGCAGCGGCGGCCUGGGGGCCCCCGCAGGGGCCCCCGGAGGGGGCCCCCGAGGGGCCCCCGGCGGCGGCGGAGCAGCUCGACGCAGCAGCAGCAGCAGACGCAGCAGACGCUGCUGCUGCUGCUGCUGCAGCAGCAGCAGCAGCAGAAACGGUGCGAGAGGUGCAGCAGCAAGUGCGGCAGCUCACGCUGCAGCGGGAGAUCGAGCUGCAGGCCAGGACGGAGCAGCAGCUGCAGCGGCAGCAGCAGCAAAUUGAAGUGGCCCGCGAGGAGCUGCGGCUCGUGCUGCAGCAGCUAGCUGCAGCAAGAGUGGAGCUAGCCAACCUGAAGCAAGCAGCAGCAGCAGCAAAGGUCGCAGCAGCAGAAGGCGAGGCGCUGCGCGCAGCGCAGCAGCAGCUGCAGCAGCAGCAGCAGCAGCGCCACGCCCUCGCGCUGCAGUCCCUGCUGCCCCGCCAAGUCCCCAGGGCCCCUGCAGCAGCAGCAGCAGCAGCAGACUUCCAUCUUGCUGCUGCUGCUGCUUUGAAAAGCCUCAAAGUCCAGCCCCAGUCCCUGCUGCUGCUGGCAGCAGGCGCGCUGCUCAUGCUGCUGCUGCUGCGCGCCAAACGCGCAGUCCGGGGGGCCCCCGGGGGCCGGGCCCCCCCCGGGGGGCCCCCCCGCGACUUCGAGGCCCCCAAAGAGGAGGCAGCAGCGCCUGCUGCUGCAGCAGCAGAAACUGCUGCAGCAGCAGCAGCAGAAACUGCUGCUGCUGCUGCUGCUGCUGCCAGUGCGCCUGCAGCAGCGCCGUGA